AUGUGCUCCGACAACGCCAAAGCUUUCUUGAAGGCGCUCCCCAAGGUCAGUCCACCGUCCCGUGCCUUCUGGUCGAUUACGUUCUCGCCGCCGAAUCGCCGAAUCGCGAGAGCAUACCCUCAUUCGGGCCAUCACCACUGACAAUCUCACAUAUCGCACAAUCCUGGACCACAGUGCGAGCAUCACAUGCAUAUCGAGGGCUCCCUCGAGCCAACACUCUUAUUCAAGCUCGCUGCAAGGAACAAGAUCACCCUCGACCCUACCAACUUCCCCUCGGUCGAGGCCUGCGAUGAACGCUACAAGAACUUCACCUCCCUCGACGACUUCCUUUACUUUUACAACGAAGCCAUGGCCUCGCUCAUUACUGAGCAGGACUUUGAAGAACUUGUGGAUGCCUACAUCGAGCGAUCGUACGCCGACGGCACAGUCCACUGCGAAAUCUUCUACGAUCCUCAAGCCCACACCGGCCGAGGUAUUGCUUCUUCGACGGUGGUAAAUGGUCUCAACAAGGGUUUGAUCAAGGUGAGCUCAUUUCGUACCUCAGCGUCUUAUGGUAAAUGCUGGCCGGAACUGAUCGGGCAACGUUUUCGCUUCGAUUCAGGCUCAGGAGAAGUACGGCAUCACGUCUAAGCUGAUUGCCUGCUUUGUCCGACAUCUCUCCGUCGACUCGGCUUUGGAAAUGGUCGAGGAUGUUAUUCAAUACGUCGAAAAGGGACAGGUCCACGGGCUGGGAUGUGAUUCGACCGAGAAGGGAAACCCGCGUGAGUUGACGCGAUCACUCAUCGAGACAACCCCUACAACGCUCUUUGAGACUGACCAAACCUCGUUUCGUCACUCUAACAGCUGAAAAGUAUGCUUUGGUGUACCAACGCGCCCGCGACCUUGGUGUGAAGAAUUUGACGAUGCACUCGGGUGAGGAAGGACCGGCACAGUAUGUCAGGACCACGGUCGAGCAGCUGGGUAUCAAGCGCAUCGAUCAUGGUGUGCGAUCUAGCGACGACCCGGAAGUCUUGAAAAUGUUGGCAAAAGAGAACGCCUUCUUGACGGUGAGCAGUCUCCCAAAAACCAACAUCUCGAGCACACCCGGUCUGAUCUGCAAACUCUUCUUCCGCUGCCUUCGACCAGCUUUGCCCGCUUUCCAACGUGUGAGUCCAAUUUUCGGAGGUUUGCCUUUUUUUUUUUUUUUCCCAAAGACUGACAUUUGUUCCGAGUUCUUAAACUCGCAGUCGACUGAGAGUGAUGAGCGCGGUGUCGGAAUCGCCCAUCCCGAAGCUGAUGGAAGCCGGUGUAAAGUUCUCUAUCAACUCAGACGAUCCCGCAUACUUUGGAGGUACGUCGGACGGAUUUGCCUGCCUUUACCUGUUCGCUCACUUCUCGCCCUUCGAACACAGGCUACUUGUUGGACAACUAUGUCGCCGUCCAGGACGCAUUCAAUUUUCCGAAGCAGACAUGGCGGCAAAUCAUCGUCGACGGUGCAGAAAACAGCUGGUGUGGACAAGAGAGGAAGCAAGAAAUCAUUUCGCAGCUGGAUAAGGUGAUGCAUCAAUGGGAGGGUAAGGAUAUCUGA